GGCCAUAAUGCAACAAGGAGACACAUCCAUAAAACCCAUCCUCCAAGUCAUUAACAUCCGUCCCAUCACUACAGGGAAUAGUCCACCCCGUUAUCGACUGCUCAUGAGUGAUGGAUUGAACACGCUGUCCUCUUUCAUGUUGGCAACACAGUUGAACCCUCUGGUUGAGGAAGAACGGUUGUCCAGCAACUGCAUUUGCCAGAUUAACCGAUUUAUUGUUAACACUCUGAAAGAUGGAAGGAGAGUAGUUAUUUUGAUGGAGUUAGAAGUAUUGAAAUCAGCUGAAGCUGUCGGAUUAAAGAUUGGCAAUCCAGUGCCCUAUAAUGAAGGACAUGGACAGCAGCAAGUCGUUUCUGCUCCGGUCCCAGCAGCCGCUCCACCAACCAGCAAGCCCCAGCAGCAGAAUGGGGGAGUAGCUUCCAGUACAUCUAAGGCUUACGGUGCCUCAAAGAUAUUUGGGAAAGCUGGAGGUGCCAGCCUGUCCAACACUUCUGGGGGCACACAGUCCAAAGUGGUGCCCAUUGCCAGCCUCACCCCUUACCAAUCCAAGUGGACCAUCUGUGCUCGUGUUACCAACAAAAGUCAGAUCCGGACCUGGAGCAAUUCCCGAGGGGAAGGGAAGCUUUUCGCCAUAGAACUAGUCGAUGAAACUGGUGAAAUCAGAGCUACUGCUUUCAAUGAGCAAGUGGACAAGUUCUUUCCCCUCAUCGAAGUGAACAAGGUGUAUUAUUUCUCAAAAGGCACCCUGAAGAUUGCCAACAAACAAUUCACGACUGUUAAAAACGACUAUGAGAUGACCUUCAAUAAUGAGACUUCUGUCAUGCCCUGUGAAGAUGAUCAUCACUUACCUACUGUUCAGUUUGAUUUCACAAAGAUCGAUGAGCUAGAGAGCAAGUCUAAAGAUUCGCUCGUAGACAUAAUAGGGGUCUGCAAGAGCUACGAAGACGCCACUAAAAUCACAGUGAAAUCUACCAACAGAGAAGUCUCUAAGAGAAAUAUCUAUUUGAUGGACACGUCAGGGAAAGUGGUGACCACUACUCUUUGGGGAGAAGAUGCUGAUAAAUUUGAUGGUUCUAGACAGCCCGUGUUGGCUGUCAAAGGUGCCAGAGUUUCGGAUUUUGGUGGCCGGAGCCUCUCUGUCUUAUCUUCAAGCACUGUCAUUAUGAAUCCUGACAUCCCAGAGGCCUAUAAACUUCGUGGAUGGUUCGACUCAGAAGGACAAGCCUUAGAUGGUGUUUCCAUCUCUGAUCUGAAGAGCGGAGGAGGUAUAGGAAGCAACACCAACUGGAAAACUUUAUACGAGGUCAAAUCGGAGAACCUGGGCCAAGGUGACAAGGCAGAUUAUUUCAGCUCUGUGGCUACAGUGGUCUAUCUCCGCAAAGAGAAUUGCAUGUACCAGGCCUGCCCGAAUCAGGAUUGCAAUAAGAAAGUGAUCGACCAACAGAACGGAUUGUACCGCUGUGAGAAGUGCGACAGCGAGUUUCCCAACUUCAAGUACCGCAUGAUCCUGUCCGUAAAUAUUGCAGAUUUUCAGGAGAAUCAAUGGGUGACAUGUUUCCAGGAAUCUGCUGAAGCUAUCCUCGGACAAAAUACUGUUUAUCUUGGAGAAUUAAAAGAGAAGAACGAGCAGGCAUUUGAGGAAGUUUUCCAGAACGCCAACUUUCGGUCUUUCACAUUCAAAAUCAGAGUCAAACUGGAGACCUACAAUGAUGAGUCUCGAAUUAAGGCCACCGUGAUGGACGUGAAGCCCGUGGACUACAGAGAAUAUGGCAGGAGGCUGAUCAUGAACAUCAGGAAAAACGCAGCCAUGUGAGGAGGGCAGUGCUGAUUGGGCAGAAGUUUAAAAGAAUACAGCCGAAAUGGAGUUGGUUUCUUCCCACUCCCCGUGCGACAAUUCCACGUUAGCUACACAGUGCACAGAGCCUCUUUACAGUGGACUAAGCAGUUUCCUCUUACGUGCAUCCCGAAACCCAUUGGUAGGCAAAGGAAAAGAAGUGCGAUGGCCGUGGUGUAAACUCCGCCAGGCCCGGGUCAGCCAGCAGGUAGUGUAGUUCCAGUCACUCCCUCUGUCUUCAGGCUUUUGUCAAUUUUAUUAAGCUUUCAUUAUCUUCAAGCAGGAAUUAUGUCACAACCAAUUGACCCUAACUCUGCAGACAGCGUAAUAAAUUAUGUAACUAGGGUUUUGCUUCUCCAGUGGCGACACCUCCACCACUUGGGCUGCUGCUUCGAGGGAGAGUCGAGAAGUGGUGGAGGGGAACCUGGGUAUUUUAGUAAGUGUGUCUUCCUAGAAUUCAAAGGCGCUGUCUUUCUAGAGGUGCCACAUAGUUGUUAAUGCUUGGAAUGGCAAUGGGGAAGAAUUAUUAAUCAAAGACAUAUCUUUUAUAUCUGAAGAAUAUCCUUCCUUCAGGGUUUAAUAGACUGAGUCAGAUGGGUCUGAUAUUAAUCAAAAUUGUCUCUUCUGAGGCCGGCUGAUAAGCAUUGACUUACUGUCCCCUAGGGACAUCCAGGCAACUACAAAGCUUUGCUGGAGUUUUCACUUCAAUUAGUGUUGCAUUUUGGGUGUGAAUGCACACUUUUUCUACCUAUACAUAUUUCUUGCAUUUGUAUGUUUCAGUUCUUGAUUAAAGCUAUGUUCAAUAGAAAAGAUUUUGAAGGGAGAGGCCCUUUGUUUCCCUUGCUUUAAUAAAUAGUGUAUUCUUUGCGUGUGAAUCCCACUUUCUUUGAAUGCAAAGGGUUCUUGUAACUGGAAAGCAAUUAAUUAGCCUUCAUAAUAAGUGUUCACUUGGGGGAGAUGUUAACUCAUUACAGACUCCAGGAUUAGUCCAAGGCAUGGAGAUCAUUCUUUCUAAGAUCUGCCACCCUGAAAUGCAUCUUUAAAAGAAUGAAAACAGUAAAAACAAAAAGCCAUUGUGUCCAAGAAUGCCGAUGAUCUGGCACUUUGGGAUUUUAUUGAUGUUUACACAGCAGUCUAACACCAACCAGGCUUUGAAAUGUGUGCAGACAGUGAGCUAGUAAGAAAACAGUAAUUAUGCUACUGGGCUUUUCCGUCAGCACGAGCAUCUUGCGCUGUGUGUUCCUAAUCAUAUUAAUUAUCUAUCCAGUUGCUGCAACCCACCGCUUGGCAUUUGGGCAUUUGCUGCACAUCUCUCCAAGUACCCAGGCAGGAGCGCAGUCAGUCUGCAGCUGCAAGCCCUGGUUUUCAUUUACACACAAGCAGCAUAUGAGUUACAGAGUGACGAUUCCUUGUCCGUUUCCCCCGGAGCUGUCCUCUUUGGGGAAGAACCAGCCAGCCCUAGACAGGAUAGCUCCUAUCCCUGAGAACAUACGUAGGGGGGCUUUUUCUCAUUGCCUCUUACUCUUCUCUGGUCUCAGGAGACGGUAAUUGGGUUACACUUGAUUCUCUGGCUGAGGCCUCAGUGAUUUCAUGGAUGCUCUUUUCUGUCUGACCUUGCUUAUAAAGCAUUGACUAGAAAAUUACAGUCUUCAACGCUAUUCCGGAUUGACAAAUUGUGAGCUGGAAGUGGUGAUCUAGCUUUCAGUCCAGUAACCAGUCUUUUACAUCUCCUGCUCCCAGCAUCCCUCUGCCAACCCGUGAAGAGGACUGACUGGCAGUGGUACCCGGGUGCCUCCAGAGAACCUAGUGGCAGUCCCCGUGCUUUCCCAGUGGCCAGCAGUGUGUCACAGCCAGCACACGGGCAUGGGUACGACUGGAGAUCCAGGGGCAGUGUUGGCGGCGGGGGAUCCCAUAAGGGAGAACAUUUAACGGAUUUCCCUACUAAAACGUCCGAUCACCAGUAGAGCAGCAUCAGAAAUUGGCUCCACUGUUAGGCUUUUAAGAGACUUGGGUCCCUGAGGAUUGCCUAAAUAGAUUCUGGCCCACAGUUCUUCGAAUUCUCUUGGAUAUAGUUUACCUCGAAAGGCUGUCUGUGUUGUUCUCUCUCUCAUCUUUCACUUCGAGAUCAAUGUUUAUUUUGCGUACACCGUGACAUCAGUGUUAAGCAAUUAGGAAAAAAUCUAAUCAUUUUGCCUUUAUUUUAAAUGGUUCUUGAAUUCCCUCCAGUCUCAUUGUGAAAGAAGCAGAGGGGGAAAAAAAGAAUAAUCUGAUUUCUGUCCAUAUUUUCAGUGUUUUAUGCUUUCCAUUAAAGCCUUACUAAUCUCUAGUGUGCCGUUCUGACUUUUUUGAGCUGCAGGGUCAAAAAUCCCCCCCACACACUUUUUUUUUCAAGCGGCCUGUCUUCAAAAAGUAUAAAUAAUAUUGAUCGUGGUGUUUAAUACACUAAUGAAACCCAUAGUUAUUGACUACAUAAUUAAUACACUGUCUAAAAGUGAAGUUUGGCAGCCCAGUAUACAGGUUUAUAUUGACUUGUGUAUCUUUGGCAAUACGCCUUCCAAGGAUUUUAUUUAUAGAAAACAAAACAGGUUGUUUAGUCUCCUUGCAUUUUUUUUUCUUGUUGAAAGCCACUAUUCCCCUCGUAAAUUGAUUGUUUCCUUGUCUCAAACACAGGAUUUUCCCCUCACCUUUUGAUGUGGCUAUUGACUCUUAGUAUUAUAAUCUAUUCUGUUGAUAAGGUUCUGGAAGUUUUAUAAACACCUUCAGAAAUAAUCACUUUGUCAGAAGAAGUAGCGUUUGGGUGUUUUACUCUCAUUUGUUCUAAAAAGAAAAUAUAACUAAGCAAAUAUAUUUUAUUGUUAAACUAAUGUUGAGUAUUGCUGACCUUUGUUAAAAAGAAAAAAAAGGAAAGGGAAUUGUUUAUUACUGAUCAUUUUCUAUGCAAGGAUUCCACGUUCAUUUUAGAAAAGCAACCUGCAGAUAAGAAAAAACAAGUUACCCGUACUUCCAGCAGCCAGCAAGAACUGUUAUCAUCGACUGCUUUUUCUAUGUAUAUGUGUGUAUAAACAUGCUUUUAAAGUGGGGUUCUCCUGUGCCUCACAUUCUGUAACAUUUCUCUCCUAGCACUAUGGGGUAGUCAUCUUUUCUAUUUCAAUAAAAGUACAGUCGUGUAACUUUAA